AUGACAGCUCGAGUGUACUGCGCUGUGUUAUUGUGUCUGUCUGGACGCUUGAGCACAACAGAUGCUGCUCCAGGACCAGGCUUCACAGUGCCUGGUUACUCUCCAGGGAAGGUGACGAUCGUGGGGUCCCCUCGAGGAUGUGCUUCUGACAGAGACUGUUCUAGAGGAUACAGAUGCUCUGGGGCCGUGUGUGUGCCGCCUGCUUUCAGUGAUGAGCCAUUCAAAAAGCCAGGAGUGUGUCCAAUCAGACAAUAUGCAGCAGAAAUGUGUGCCAGGAUUCGUUUCAGGCCCUGUGCUGAUGACAGUGACUGUGCCAACAAUGAGAAAUGCUGCAGCAAUGGAUGUGGACGUCAGUGUAUGCCUCCAGUUAUAGGGAAACCCACGGCUAAAGCAGACAGAGCCUUUGCAGUUGCUGAUCCACGGUUAUGGAAUCAGAUGCCACCUGACAUUAAGAAAAAGCCAGGAGUGUGUCCACGCAGACAAUAUGAAGCAGCAAUGUGUCCCCGGAUACGUUUCAGGCCCUGUGCCGAUGACAGUGACUGUGCCAACAAUGAGAAAUGCUGUAGCAAUGGAUGUGGACUUCAGUGUAUGCCUCCAGUUACAGGGAAACCCACGGCUAAAGCAGACAGAGCCUUUGCAGUUGCUGAUCCACGGUUAUGGAAUCAGAUGCCACCUGACAUUAAGAAAAAGCCAGGAGUGUGUCCACGCAGACAAUAUGAAGCAGAAAUGUGUCCCCGGAUACGUUUCAGGCCCUGUGCCGAUGACAGUGACUGUGCCAACAAUGAGAAAUGUUGCAGCAAUGGAUGUGGACUUCAGUGUAUGCCUCCAGUUAUAGAUAUUGUAGCACUGAGAUGGCUUUCAGCUCUCACCAUGACAAACAUGUUUCCCAACAUGGAGAGAACUGGAUCAUUGUUGGGAUUCCCUUAUAUGGAAGACAGAGAUGAUGGAGAAAUGCUGCACACAAAGAAAAUCUCCUCCACCCUGACCAGAGAUCUGACAACUAAAGAUUGGAUAAUGGUGGCCACUCCAGGAAGCACCUUAGACAGAGGGAUGAUUCCAGGAACCACUGGAUUGGGACUGGAGACCACUGGCCUGCAUCCUGGCAUUACUGGAUUUGACUUGCUCGUUGCUUGCACUGACCUCAGUUGUGGAUUCAUCACACCAACAGGCAGUCCCGUCCUCCACAAGACUGAUCCGGUGGCUGGGGAGAUCCUGUUCGGACCAAGCUCUGCAUCUGCCGCAUAG